ACAAAUCUUCAAACAGUUUUUAACAAACAGAGUGCUGAAAGACCCUAAGCAGAGGCGCUUUUUCAAAUCCAAUGACCUUUAUGAACUUUUUACUCUGAGUAGCCCAGACGUGUCUCAGGGGACAGAAACAAGUGCCAUUUUUGCAGGUACUGGUUCAGAUGUUGAAGUCCCAAAACGCCAGUUGAAACGGAAGCUUGAAAAGCCAUCUGAUAAUGAUACUUGCAAAGGUGAUCUCCAUUUUACAGAAAGCAGCUCACCAAAGUACAGCAAAUUGUCCAAUUCUUACUCAGCCACCCACGUGACAAAUUCUCCUUCUAAAGCAAUGGAGACAAGUGAGGAAACCAAAGGAAAUUUGGAAGCCUUUGACCCAAAUAGCUGUGCAAAAGGUAAUGCACAAGUGGCUACUAAUAUAAAUGCAUUGGAUAAAAGCAAGGAGGAAACCUUUGGUAGAAUGGAUGGAUCCAUGUCUCUACCAUUGCCAGGUGACGUGGAGUCUUCAGAGAAUGCUAGAUGUCUGAACACCAUGGUGGCUGAGGAAGUCCAUGGAGCUGCUAAUGUAAAUGUCAAGGGAGAUUUUAGCCUUACAUGUGGUACAGCUGGCUCUUGGGAAAAACAGGUUGCUAAAAGUGAAGAUGGGCCAUUAGUUAAUCAUCAUAAAUGUACCUCAAAAACAAAGCACACAGUGGAUAUGUUGUCACAUGAAAGCCACAAAGAAAAGUCUAAGAAGAAACAUCACAAAGAUGCCAAAUUUGAAGGUGAGCGCAUUCCUCACCUAGUGAAACAAAAACGAUACAGAAGGGAGAACAGUGAAGAGGAGGAAGACUCCAAGAGAAAUGAUGAUUACGUCUUGGAGAAACUUUUCAAAAAAUCAGGAGUACACAGUGUUAUGAAGCAUGAUGUCAUUAUGGAGGCUUCCAGUGCAGAUCAUGUGCUGGUGGAAGCAGAAGCAAACAGAGUGGCCCAGGAUGCCUUAAGAGCCUUAAAAGUCUCUCGACAGCGAUGUUUAAGAGCUGCUUCUGGGGUGCCAACCUGGACAGGCGUGAGUGGUCUUUCAGGUGGACCAUCAGGAGUGAAGAAUCGGUUUGGUCAAAAAAGAAACUCCAGGCUGCUUUCUUCACCUUCCACUUGUGCAUCACCUGCGAAGAAGUGCAAGGAUGAAGAUACAACAAAGAAGGAAAACAUAAAGAAAUGUAGUUCCAACGGGCACUUUGAUGGAAAAUCUGGAGAGUCAUCAUCCAGUGCACUGGACUCUUCAUCUUUAUUAUGUAAGAUGAGGGCAAGAAACCACCUUCUUCUACCACAAGAGAUGGGGCAUGAGGGAGCUGAGAAUCAUCAGCAAGCCCCUGCCCCAGCCCCGUGUUCGACAGAAUACGAUGAGCUGCUGGUGGGCGUGCGUAACUUCAUAGCGUUCCAGGCCCGCGUGGACGGCGAGGCCAGCACCGGGGAGCUGCUGCGAGAGUACGAGUCCAAGCUGCCGGCAGCCCACUCCUGUGUCUUCAGAGAACUCCUCCGCAACCUCUGCACCUUCCACAGGAGCCCAAACGGGGAAGGGGUCUGGAGGCUAAAGCCAGAAUUCCACUGA